AAAGGAGGAACUGAGGAGGAAGUUUGACAUCUGAGAGGCAGCAGCAGAUGCAGACCAGAACUUGGUAGAUGAGAAGGAUGGACGUGUGAAGGAAAAGAGCAGACUCUGUGGAAAAUUAAAAGAGUGGCUGCUGGUGACGGAGUGGAGUUCAGGAAAUAAUCACAGUCAGACGUCACUGACAUGAUGUGGAAAACAACUGUCCUCCUGCUUCUGCCUCUGCUUCUGCUCUCCUCCACAGGCACAGGAAGCAGCAAGCAUUUAAACCAAUCAGACAUCAAUGCAGAGUUCUCUGACGCAGCCGCCGUCAAAAGCCAGAAACCUCCAGGAGGGGCCAAAGGUUGGGACUCAUGCUCCAUCCCGUGUGACAUCACUGUCAAGCUGCUGCGAGAUGAGAAACAUUCAGUCUGUGGGCAGUUACAGCAGUCUUUGUUAGCGUUUGGACGUAGCACCAGGAAGCUGAUGAGGGAUGUGAUGGAGGAGCAGCAGAGAGCUCUGGAUAUCCUCAGCAGUCAGGUAACAGAGCUGAUGACCAAAGUGCAGACGCUCAGCUUUGAGGUUCAAAGAGGCAACACUGAGAUGUACUCCGUCAAACCUGUGCAGUCCCACGGAAGAGAUUGCAGUGAUAUCAAGGAAAGUCUGAUGUCAGUCGUCCCAAAGAUCCCCAGUGGUAUCUAUAUCGUCCACCCAGAGAACACAGACUCCUCAUUUGAGGUCUUCUGUGAGAUGGAUUACAUGGGAGGUGGAUGGACGGUGAUGCAGCGCAGGAUUGAUGGAUUGACCGACUUCAAACGACCCUGGGCUGAUUAUACUGAUGGUUUUGGAAACCUUGCAGGAGAACACUGGUUGGGUCUGAAGAAGGUGUAUCAAUUAGUAAACCAGAAAGAUACUCGGUUCCAGCUUCACAUCGCUCUGGUGUCCAGUGAUGACAUCACCUCUUAUGCAGCAUAUGAUGAUUUCAAACUGGACAAUGAAGCCCAGUUCUUCAGUAUACACCUGGGCAGAUAUGCAGGCAGCGCAGGUGAUGCCUUUCGAGGCUACGAGCAGGAGCACAACCAGGACACAGCUCCAUUCAGCGCCUCAGAUGUGGACAAUGACGGCUGUAAUCCUUUCUGCUCCCUGGAGAAUCGCACAGUGGAGAGCUGCAGUGCUCUACAGAACAACACAGGAUGGUGGUUCAACCAGUGCGGCCUAGCAAACCUCAACGUCCCUGAAGAUGCAGAACUAAACCAGGGCCAAAGGACGCACAUCCUGUGGGACACCUGGAGACAGAACGGAAUCCCUCACAAAAUCAAAUCUGUCACGAUGAAGAUCAGGAGGAUUGCAACAAAUAACUGACAGAGAAGAGGAGGAGAAGAAAAAGAGAGAGAAAAAAUAAAAGCAUAUUUGCAUAAGUUGCACUGCAUCUUUGUACAACUUGAAGUUUUGAUUAAAUUGCAGAGGGUUGAAAGGAC